AUGGAACCCCCCUCCAGCUCUGGCUUCUAUGUGAGCCGUGCGGUGGCCCUGCUGCUGGCGGGGCUGGCUGCCGCACUCCUGCUGGCUCUGGCAGUGUUAGCUUCUCUGCAUGGCCACUGCGCGCGUGUCCCGCCGUCGGAUCGGCGUAGCCUAGAGGUCCCAAACGCCGCGUCCUUCUCUCCCCUCGGGCAGGAGGGGCCAUCGUCAACGCAGGAACCCGUCCCUACAAGUGAGCCGCAGGUGACAGCCACCUCGCAAGACUGGCGACCUCCGGGCCCCUGGGACCAGCUGCGCCUGCCACCCUGGCUGGUGCCGCUUCACUAUGAUCUGGAACUGUGGCCCCGGCUGCAGCCCGAUAAGCUCUCCGUGCAGUUGUUGCGAUUCAGUGGUCGAGUGAACAUCACGGUGCGCUGCGCGGUGUCCACUAAGAGACUGCUGCUGCACAGCCUCUUCUUGGACUACGAUCGCGCUGAAGUGCGGGGUCCCCUGUCCCCAGGCACUAGGAAUGACACCGUGGGCCGCGUGCCGGUGCAUGACGUGUGGUUUGCUAUGGACACUCAAUAUGUUGUGCUGGAACUCGGUGAAGCUCUACAGUCUGGUAGCCGCUAUGAACUGCACCUCAGCUUCUCUGGCCCAAUAUUCCAGGAAGUCAGGGAGGGGCUCUUCCUCAACACGUACACCGACCAGGGCGAGCGCAGGGCCCUCUUAGCAUCUCAGAUGGAACCAACAUUUGCCAGGAGUGUUUUUCCUUGUUUUGAUGAGCCAGCUUUGAAGGCAACUUUUAAUAUUACAAUUAUUCAUCAUCCAAGAUAUGUGGCCCUUUCCAACAUGCCACAGCGAGGUCAGUCUGAAAAAGAAGAUGUGAAUGGAAGCAAAUGGACUGUUACCACUUUUUACACCACACCCCACAUGCCAACCUACUUGGUCGCACUUGCCAUAUGUGAUUAUGACCAUGUCAGCAGAACAGAAAGGGGCAAGGAGAUACACAUCUGGGCCCGGAAAGAUGCCAUUGCAAAUGGAAAUGCAGACUUUGCUUUGAACAUUACAGGUCCCAUCUUCUCAUUUCUGGAGGAUUUAUUUAAUAUCAGUUAUCCUCUUCCCAAAACAGAUUUAAUUGCGUUGCCUGUUUUUGACAACCGUGCAAUGGAAAAUUGGGGACUACUGAUGUUUGAUGAAUCAUUAUUGUUGCUGCUACCAAGUGAUCAACUGACCGAGAAAAAGACUCUGAUCUCCUACAUUCUCUCCCAUGAGAUUGGACACCAGUGGUUUGGAAACUUGGUUACCAUGAAUUGGUGGAACAAUAUCUGGCUCAAUGAGGGUUUUGCAUCUUAUUUUGAGUUUGGAAUAAUUAACUACUUCAAUCCUAAACUUCCAAGAAAUGAGGUCUUUUUUUCUAACUUUUUACAUGGUGUCCUCAAAGAAGAUCAUGCCCUGGUGUCUAGAGCUGUAUCCAUGAAGGUGGAAAAUUUCACAGAAACAAGUGACAUAAAUGAGCUCUUUGACUUAUUUACAUACAACAAGGGAGCAUCUAUGGCCCGGAUGCUUUCCAGUUUCCUGAAUGAGCAUUUAUUUAUCAAUGCACUUAAGUCAUAUUUGAAGAUGUUUUCUUACUCAAAUGCUGAGCAAGAUGAUCUAUGGAGGCAUUUUCAAAUGGCCAUAGAUAACCAGAGUGAGAUCCUUUUGCCAGCAACAGUAAAAACCAUAAUGGACAGUUGGACACACCGGGGUGGUUUUCCAGUCGUCACUUUGAAUGUGUCUACUGGUUUCAUGAAACAGGAACCAUUUUAUCUUGGAAAGGCUGAAAAUCAGAUUCUUCAAGCUCACAAUGACACAUGGAUUGUCCCUAUUCUUUGGAUAAAAAAUGGAGCUCCACAAUCUUUAGUCUGGCUAGACAAAAGCAGCAAAGUAUUCCCUGAAAUGCAAGUUUCAGAUUCUGACCAAGACUGGGUGAUUUUAAAUUUGAAUAUGACUGGCUAUUAUAGAGUUAAUUAUGAUAAAUUAGGUUGGAAAAAAUUAAGUCAACAGCUUGUGAAGGACCCUAAGGCCAUUCCUGUUAUUCACAGACUGCAGUUGAUUGACGAUGCUUUUUCCUUGUCUAAAAGCAAUUAUAUUGAGAUUGAAACAGCACUUGAUUUAACCAAGUACCUUGCUGAAGAAGAUGAAAUCAUAGUAUGGUAUGAAGUCUUGGUAAACUUGAUAACCAGGGAUCUUGUUUCUGAUGUGAACGACUAUGAUACAUACCCAUUAUUAAAGAAGUAUUUAUUAAAAAGGCUUAACUCAAUAUGGAAUAUUUAUUCAACAAUAAUUCGUGAAAAUGUAGCAGCUUUGCAAGAUGACUAUUUGGCUCUAAUAUCACUGGAAAAAGUUUUUGGAGCUGCAUGUUGGUUGGGUCUUGAAGACUGUCUCCAGCUGUCAAGAGAACUCUUCAGAAAAUGGAUGAACCAUCCAGAGAACGAAAUACCUUAUCCAAUUAAAAAUGUGAUUUUAUGUUAUGGCGUUGCCUUGGGAAGUGAUAAAGAAUGGGACUUUUUGUUAAAUGUCUACAUUAAUACAACAAAGGAGGAGGAAAGGAUCCAACUUGCUUAUGCAAUGAGCUGCAGUAAAGACCCAUGGAUACUUAACAGAUAUAUGGAGUAUGCCAUCACUACAUCUCCAUUCACUUUUAAUGAAACAAAUGUAAUGGAAGCUGUGGCAGCAUCUGAAGUUGGCCGGUACAUAGCAAAGGAUUUCUUAAUCAACAAUUGGCAAGCUGUGAUUGAAAGGUAUGGAACACAGUCACUGGUUACUCUAAUGUACGUAAUUGGAAGAACCAUAAGUACAGAUCUACAGAUCAUGGAGCUGCAGCAGUUUUUCAGUAACAUGUUGGAGGAGCACCAGAGGAUCACAGUUCAUGCCAAAUUACAGACAAUAAAGAAUGAAAAUCUGAAAAACAAAAAGCGAAAUGCCAGGAUAGCUCAGUGGCUUCGGAAAAACACAUAGUUCGUGGCGACUCUUAAGCAUGCCUCUCACAUAUAAUCUUAUUUGAUCACAGUUUUGAUUUCCAAUACUUUGUGAGUUUGGAAAAUCAAAUGUUAUUUGUAUUUUGGUCACACCCACUAUUCAGAGUCCUAUUCCUCCUAUGUUGUCAUGUUUGGCCCCAAGGCUCUGUGAAUGCGGAGGAUUCUGUGAACCCUGCUGUAUUUCUGGGGAAAGUUUUACUUCAUGUUGGGCAAUAAACCCACAGAAUUUACUUUAAAUGCCUUGUAAAAACAAAUU